AUAAACCGUAAUGGACGCCUACUGUAUGUUUUGUUGCUGUUUCGUAUAAUUAUACAUAUAGAAAUUGACCGAGGUCUAAAACAUAGUAAAGUAUGUUUGAUAUCAAGUACAGAAAUGUAUUCUUGAAUCGAAUUCGGAGUGUCGGAUAAAGUACACGACCUUAAAAUGACUUUACUUCAUUGACGUAUGAGGGGCCACCACGUAGUGCUUUUGCAAUCGGCUCACCCCGAUAAUGUCUUGUGAAGUAUAUUAAAGUGAACUUCGUUGUUACGAAAAAUGCAUUAUCAUACACAGUCGUGGUGGAAAUUAUUUUUGAGAAGCACUUUGUUCUCUGAUAACAAUGCAUUAUGAUUAGAAGAAUUUUCCAGACUUUAAAGUGAUAUUUAAUUUGUGAUAAGUCAGGUAAGGCGCUUGAAAUGACGUGUAAUGAUCGGUGAUCUUGUAGAAGGAACAAUGAGGCACAAAGUGCUGCACAGUUUCCUGAUCCUGAUACUCAUUGGAGUGUCCUUGGAGGAAGAUGGCACUGGGGACGCGAGCGACGAGAAGAAGCCGGACGGGCGAGGCGUCUCCGAGGCGGACGAGGAGGACGAGGACAAGGCGACGGACGAGGGGAGCGUGUUCGGGAUGUCGACGGAGGAGAGGGACCUGGCCAACGCCAUCAAGAUCCUGGCGGGCGCGGACCUGUCGGCGGCGGACGUGAGCCGGUGGUACGCGGAGGGGGCCGGCGAGGAGGAGGAAGAGGAGGAGGACGACAGCAUCGCUGCCAAGUUCGCGGGCAAGAAGAACCUGUGGCUUGAGGCCGUUGCCCGGGGCGAGGAGUCCGGCGAGGCUGCGCUCGCGGAGGACGAGGCCCUCUCGCAGCAGGACGCGGAACCCUCGCAGCUCGACGAGGAGAGGGAGCUCACUGCAGAGGAGAAGCAAGCGGCAGAGGUGUUUGGGCGGGCAACGACCCUGCUGGAGGGCUCCGGCCCCAGCAGGGAAGAGGGCUACCAGCUGCUGGGGGAGGCGGCCCGCCUAGGACACCGCCAGGCCAGCGUGCAGCUGGCCUGGGCACGGCUCCUGGGUUCCGGGUUGGCCCAGGACAUCCCUGCUGCCCUCCGCACCUUCCAGGAGCUGGCAGAGUCCGGCCUGCCAGACGCCCACAUGGGUUUGGGCUUCAUGUACGCAGCAGGAAUCGCUGUGAAUGCCAGCCAAGCACGAGCGCUGGUGCACUAUACAUUCGGGGCAGUUGGGGGCAGCUCCUGGGCCCAGAUGGCGCUAGGCUACCGCUAUUGGUCUGGGGUCACUGUUCAGUCCAGCUGCGAAAAGGCCCUUGACUUCUACCGCAAGGUUGCCAACAAAGUGGCAAGCGGUGUGACGCUGUCGGGAGGCCAAGCAGUGCAGCGGGCCAGGCUCCUGGACGAGGCAGAGAACCCCGGCUACAACUCGGGCAUUCUGGACCAGGACCUGAUGGAGUACUACCAGCUGCUGGCGGAGAAGGGUGACAUGCAGGCGCAGGUGGGGCUGGGCCAGCUGCACUACCAGGGUGCGCGGGGCGUGGCUCGCGACCACCGCCGCGCCCUGCACUACUUCCAGCAGGCGGCUGGAGCGGGCAACGCCAUCGCCACCGCCUUCCUCGGCAAGAUCCACCUGGAGCAGGGCGACAACAAGACGGCGCUGGAGUACUUCCAGCGCGCCGCCGACAUGGGCAACCCCGUGGGGCAGAGCGGCCUGGGGCUCAUGCACCUGCACGCCGGCGACUACGAAAAGGCCCUCAAGUACUUCUCGCAGGCAGCGGAGCAGGGCUGGGUGGACGGCCAGCUGCAACUGGGCAACAUGUACUUCAGUGGGCUGGGCGUGGCUCGCGACUACAAGGUGGCCAACAAGUACUUCAGCCUGGCAUCGCAGUCGGGCCACGUGCUCGCUUACUACAAGCUCGCCCAGAUGCAUGCGACGGGCACCGGCAUGAUGCGUUCCUGCCCCACCGCCACCGAGCUGUUCAAGAAUGUGGCCGAGCGUGGCAAGUGGGGUGAGAAGAUGAUGGAGGCUCACACGCACUACCGUGAGGGCAGACUGGACGAAGCAUACGUGACGUAUGCCCUCCUGGCAGAAUUGGGGUAUGAGGUGGCCCAGAGCAACGCUGCCUUCCUGCUCGACAGAGCAGGGGAAGUGAGCUUGUUCGCGGAGGCCGAAGGCGGGCUGGUGCGCGCGCUCAUGUACUGGGGGCGAGCGGCCGCCCAGGGCUACUCGGCGGCCCAGGUGAAGCUGGGCGACUACUACUACUACGGCCUGGGGGCGCCGGUGGACUAUGAGCUGGCCGCCUCCCACUACCGCCUGGCCUCGGAGCAGCAGCACAACGCCCAGGCCAUGUUCAACCUGGGCUACAUGCACGAGAAGGGGCUGGGCAUGAAGCAGGACGCCCACCUGGCCAAGCGCUGCUACGACAUGGCCGCGGAGACGAGCGCCGACGCCAAGGUGCCGGUGGCGCUGGCGCUGGCCAAGCUGCGCCUGCUCUUCGCCUUCAAGUAUCUGCAGGAGAGCCGCUGGCAGGAGUGGCUUCUGCUGCUCAGCCUGGACCGGCUGCUGGGCCACAACUGGGACCUGUACCUCAUCUCGCUGCUGGUGGGCCUGCUGGGCAUCGUGCUGUACCUGCGUCGCCCUCUGCCCUAGUCCGUCGUCGCUCCACCAGCGCUGUACCCUGCUGUAUCAACUAUCGACUAUCGGCAUGGUGGUGUGCUGAACCAGAAUACUUACUGUGUAUGCAAUUGGUUUAUUUAUAUGAUGUAAUUAAUUGUAAUUUGUUCACCAUUAACGCUGUUGAAUUAUGUUUUUAAGUGUUUUACAAUGUUCCAAAUAAAACCUUCAAAAUUAA